GUCGAGCUCUUCUUCAAACCUUUGUUCACAUUUUCUUCUUCAAGAACGCCACAGCUAAUCUAAUGGAGUGGUCAGUAGAAGAAGGCGAGAUUCUACCUGAUUUUGUUGAUGAGUACUAUUUCGUUGAUCAAAGUGACACACCUGUGAAGUUUUGUGAUGUGCCACUGAACGUUGAUUCAACUGAUAGCUCGGGAUCGCCUGUGUUUUUGCGUGGUAACAUAAACUCCGGAGACGAGUCAUUUUCUAAGCUUGUCAAAGGUUGGAACUUUGAACUUUCUGUUGAUGAACAUCCCAAGAUCGAGGUGCUUCUUCAUGGGAUGAUGCAUUGGAUAACUCUACAAAGCCCUAGAAAAAGUUAUGAAGCUUUGAUUAGAACAACUCUGGUUACUCUUCAGUUUCUUCACUUUGUCAAAAGGAAUCCGGAUGCUUCAAGUGAUGAUGUGUGGAAUAGUUUACAGACAUUGGAUGGGAUACAGCCUUCAGAGGAUGACUUAUCAGAUCAUGUUUCUUUACUGUGUGAAGCUAUCAAAAGAGAUGAAGAUUUAUCAAAAUCAAAGUGUUUGCUUACGGUUUUGGAGAAGACUUCACUAACAACACCUAUCGAAGUGGAACUUCCAACGCACCAUCUACAAGAUGAUCAGACACCAAUGGAACAGAACUUCAUUGUUGAUAAUAUGAUAUAUGAGGAAAACAGCAGCGAUGAUGAAUCUGAGGCGAACUUGCAGUUUGAUCCAGUCUGUUCUAUUUGUGACAAUGGUGGUUAUGUUCUGUGUUGUGAAGGAAGUUGCUUGAGAUCUUUCCAUCCAACCAUAGCUGAUGGAAUUGAGACAGAGUGCGAAUCGCUAGGUUUCAUAGAUAAGACUCAAAUUCAAGCACUCGGGACCUAUUUGUGUAACAACUGUCUCUAUAAACAGCACCAGUGCUAUGCUUGUGGCGAAUUGGGAUCCUCUGAUGAAAAUUCCUCUCAACAGGUCUUCCCUUGUUCUGCGUCAAAUUGUGGUCAUUUCUACCAUCCCAAAUGUGUUGCAAGACUUCUCUGUGCUGAUGAUCAUAUCAAAGCAGAAGAACUUCAAGCCAAGAUUGCUGCUAGAGACUACUUUGCAUGUCCUCUACACAUAUGUAAAGUCUGUAACACGAGUGAAGACAAGAAUGAAUAUGCGUUGCAUUUUGCUGUAUGCAGACGUUGCCCAACAGCUUAUCACAGAAAAUGUUUACCUAGGGAGAUUACUUCUGAACUCAACUCUGACGAUGACACAUUGCAAAGAGCUUGGGAAAGACUGCUUCCCUACAACCGCAUUCUUAUAUAUUGUUUGACCCAUGAGAUAGACGGUCAUAUUCUUACUCCAGCUAGAGACCACUUAAUUUUUCCUGAUAUAUCUGGACAAAGAAGAACACGAAGUCACGGGCUAGAACAGUUCAAAGAGGAUGUUCCGAGUAUGGAGACAGAUCCAAACCAUCGUGAGGGUCUAUUUACUCGUCUUGAUAUUACUGACCCUUAUAAGAAACCAAAGAAAGAUAUUAGUGUCAAUGAUGUGGAACAGAGGGUGAUGGGUAUAAUCGAUGAAGUGGAAUCCUCGUUUAACUUUGACGAGUUCGUUAAGUCUCGUAAGCCAACCCAUAUAAAAUCCUACCACUCAGGAAAUGAUAUCAGUAAGAACAUCACAACAGGGUUGGUUCAGACUCAUGUCAAUGCUGCUCGAGCUGCCUUAAAGAUGUUUGAAGAAGGGCGUGACAAAGAUGCUAGAGCUAUAUUUGACCCAGAUAUCCUACUCCAACUCAUGAAGCAUAAGACGAAGCUUGAAAUUUAUCUUUCGCCUUUUCUCCAUGGUAUGCGCUACACAUCGUUUGGUCGUCACUUCACAAAUCCUGAGAAGCUUAAAGAGAUUGUAGAGAGGCUCCACUGGUAUGUCGAAAAUGGCGAUACGGUAGUCGACUUUUGCUGCGGCUCUAAUGACUUCAGUUGUUUGAUGAAAGAAAAGCUUAUGGAAACGGGGAAAACAUGCUUCUUCAAAAACUUUGAUCUCAUUCCACCUAAGAACAACUUCAAUUUUGAGAAGAGAGACUGGUUGAGUGUGAAGCCAGAAGAGUUACCCGAUGGCUCUCAACUGAUAAUGGGAUUGAACCCGCCUUUCGGUCAUAAAGCCAGUCUUGCUAACACUUUCAUUAAGAAGGCCCUCGAGUUUAAACCGAAGAUCUUAAUCCUCAUCGUACCAAGUGAAACAAAAAGGGUCGAUGCGAUUGCUGAUUAUGAGUUGAUUUGGGAGGACAGUAAUUUACUUGCUGGAAUGUCGUUCUACUUGCCUGGGUCAGUAGAUGUGAAUGAUAAAACGAUAGAGCAGUGGAACAAUAUACCGCCACCUCUAUACCUUUGGAGCCGAAGGGACUGGAGUAAAAGCCACAAGACCAGAGCAGUUCAACAGGGUCACAUAACACAGAUGCAUCACUUUACCUACAAUGGUGAUUGUCACCACACAGAGAUCUCUCGAGGUGAUGAUGAUAAUGAUCUGGUACAAGACAUGGAGAUAUCCCCUACCUGAAUAUAUGACUGACUUGUCGGAGUGCGAAAGAAGAAACAUUACCACAUCUUUAGCUUUUGGAAAUAUAAUGAGAUGAACCUUACUGUUGUCUAUGAAAUUAGUAAAGGCCAUAUUUGUCA